UUCCGGAUCUUCCAGGGGCAGAGGAAAGGUUGUAUGUACACGUAAGCUGAUCCUUGGGUUGUCGACUCGACUGACCAUAAUGUUUAAAUGCAAUCCGCCCAGUAAACUUUGAGACAAGAAUCAUUUUGGCAAUUAUUUCUUAUCUAGGGCUGACAUGAGCGUUCCUGUUAAGUUUUACUCAUUUCUUAUUCGCUGCUAUGCUUUUCACGUUGGUUGCUUUUCAUAUGGAAAAACAAAUAUUUGGAUUUCUUCUUUAAGAACCGACCAUGCAGUUUAGUGUUUUUUGACAAAGGCAAAGCAGUUGAGAUCGUCAAGUCUUUUCUGAUCGUGAGAUAACACUGUCUUUAGACUUAGAAACCGACAAGAUGUGGUCAUUCAAGGACUGGAAACGUCGGAUAUUUUCUGAAGAAAUGGAACAGACGGAGUUAUAUGGCACGAUGCAAGAAAAUAUUCCCAGCCUUCACACAGCAGAGAUGGUUGAGUUUAAUGAGAACUUUGAAUCUUUAUGUUUCAACGAUGAUCAAAGACGUAUUGAUUAUGUUUUAGUAUAUGAAGAUGAGAGCCUGAAGGAGAAUGCCAAGACCGCAAAGAAAAAUGUUUAUCUGAAACAGAAGAAAAAGCGACAAGCCUAUGAGUCCAAUCUUAUGAGAAAUGGUUUACAGCUGGAAGCCACCAAAUCUGUGGCCGGAGAAGGAUUGGUGUUUGUUAAAGUCCAUGCACCUUGGGAAGUCCUGUGUACCUAUGCAGAAGUGAUGCACAUCAAGCUACCUAUACAACCUAAUGAUCUGAGGCAACGUCGUUCAGCUUUUAACUGGUUCACAAAAAUCUUUACUGUAAGCGAAGAUGUGAUAAAACCAGAACAGGAAUUCUUCACAGCACCCUUUGAAAAGGAUCGCGCGGAUGAUUUUUAUAUCCAGGACAAAGAAGCCUUUUUCACACCAGCAACAAGAAGUCGCAUUGUCCAUUUUAUACUCUCUCGGGUUGAAUAUGCUGUGAAGGAUAAUGUGAAAAAAUUUGGCAUUAAUAAACUCUUGGAUUCUGGAAUUUAUAAGGCAGCAUUUCCUCUUCAUGAUUGUAGAUUUAAUGUCAAGUCAGAGGAUGCAAGAAGCCCCAAUGAAAGAUACCUGCUGUACAGAGAAUGGGCCCACCCGCUUAGCUUUUACAAGCUGCAGCCUUUAGAUCUUGUAAGAAAAUACUAUGGUGAAAAAAUUGGAAUCUAUUUUGCCUGGCUGGGUUUCUAUACCCGUAUGUUGCUGCUGGCAGCAGUAGUGGGACUUGCAUGUUUCUUAUAUGGCUAUAAAUCCCAGGAAUCCUGUACAUGGAGCAAAGAAGUGUGUGACCCAGACAUUGGAGGAAAUAUCAUAAUGUGUCCGCAGUGUGACAAAGAGUGCACAUACUGGUACCUUAACAUCACCUGUAGUUCAUCAAAGACGCUUUGUAUAUUUGACAGUUUUGGCACACUCAUAUUUGCAGUCUUUAUGGGAAUAUGGGUUACCUUGUUCCUUGAGUUUUGGAAGCGCCGACAAGCCGAGCUCGAGUAUGAAUGGGACACAGUUGAGUUUUUAGAACAAGAAGAACAGCCUCGUCCUGAAUAUGAAGCACAAUGUACUCACGUAGUUGUGAAUCCAAUUUCUCAGCAAGAAGAACACGUGCCUUAUACAACCUGUGGAAAAUGCCUGAGGAUGACCUUCUGUACAAGUGCCGUUUUUUUCUGGAUUAUGUUGAUCGUUGUAUCAGUAGUUGGAAUUAUUGUGUAUCGACUUUCUGUUUUCCUGGUAUUUUCUGCAACCUUACCAAGAAACAUUAGUGGAAAAGAGGCUAUCCAGAAAUACCUGACUCCACAGGCGGCCACCACUAUCACAGCAUCAAUCAUCAGCUUCAUCAUUAUCAUGCUAUUGAAUAUGCUCUAUGAGAAAGUGGCAAUAAUGAUCACAGAUUUCGAACUUCCAAGGACAAGAACAGAUUAUGAAAACAGCCUUACCACCAAGAUGUUUCUAUUCCAGUUUGUCAACUACUACUCUUCGUGUUUCUACAUUGCCUUCUUUAAGGGGAAAUUUGUAGGCUACCCUGGAGAUCCAGUUUAUUGGUUUGGAAGGUACCGUAACGAAGAGUGUGAUCCCGGUGGAUGUCUUCUUGAACUUACAACACAACUGACAAUUAUAAUGGGAGGCAAAGCUAUAUGGAAUAACAUUCAAGAAAUUCUUGUACCCUGGAUAAAAAACCUUAUUGCACGAUGCCGUUCUUCUGGAAUAGAAACAAUGAAGCCAAGAUGGGAACAGGAUUACCAUUUACAACCUAUUGGAAAAUUGGGAUUGUUCUAUGAAUAUCUUGAGAUGGUAAUUCAAUUUGGAUUUGUCACCUUGUUUGUGGCAUCAUUUCCACUUGCACCUGUGUUGGCACUUGUGAAUAAUUUAUUGGAAAUUCGGGUUGAUGCCUGGAAGCUCACCACCCAGUUCAGGCGUAUGGUACCAGAGAAAGCACAACACAUUGGAGCCUGGCAGCCAAUCAUGCAAGGAGUAGCCAUAGUUGCUGUGGUGACCAAUGCUAUGAUCAUUGCGUUUACGUCUGACAUGAUACCACGUUUGGUCUAUUACUGGUCUUUCUCUGUACCUCCUUAUGGCACCUAUUCAUCUAACACCAUGGAAGGAUACAUUAAUAACACUCUUUCAGUAUUCAGCAUAUCAGAUUUCAAGAAUGAAAGCAGACCAGUUCCUCCAUUAUGGUUUGGUAAUCAAACUACAUGCAGAUACCGUGAUUUCCGAUAUCCACCUGGCAAUGAACAUCAGUAUGAGCAAAGCAUAUUAUACUGGCAUGUUAUUGCAGCCAAGCUCUCCUUCCUCAUUGUCAUGGAGCAUAUUGUCUACUUCGUCAAGUUUAUAAUAUCGUACAUUAUCCCUGACAUUUCUGAUGCAACCAAAGACAAAAUCAAGAGGGAGAAGUACCUCAUACAAAAGCUUUUACAUGAGAGACAUUUGAAACUCGUAAAAAAACAAAUGGGAGGUCUAGCAGACAAAAUUUUUAAAGGAAUGGACAACUUUGGUGUCAAAAAAUCUGACUAGACUCAAAGGUUCUUUUUAGGUAUGUGCAUGUACAUUCACAUGCACACUGCAUAAACGUUCUGGAGUUGUGAGGAGCAACAGUGAAGGAAAACUUCUCUUCAUAUGCAUACCUUUCAGGAGCCAAAUAAUGGUAAAGUUGUGUCUGACACAAAAAAUAUUGCCUUUUUCCUAUGAACAAUUGUACUGUUCAUCCAAAAAUAUUUAGUUAUAUUUCAUGUUUGUAUUUAAAGGUGCUAUAUAAUAGCCAGUAUACCUAUUCAUGCAUAUUCCCAUCGAAUUAUCUGGUACUAACCAUUUUCUGAAUUUCAUUUUGAAGGUCUCAUGAUCCCCCGAGGGGAAACUUUUCAGGGGGUUUCUCCUAUGUAUGAUAAGGCUUUUGGGUAUCUGAUAUAGGCCUACCUAUAAUGGAAACCUCCACUGUACAGUGUGUGUUUGUAUUUUUUUAUUAUCCGUCCUUUGUGUAUGUUUAAUAUUCAUAUGGCCUUACCACUAACAACUUUGAUGUACACGUCUCUGAGCAAUGUAUGCAAUAACCUGUGUUAAACCUAUAUAACAGAGUGGAUUGGCAUCUCUGUAUGGGUUACUCUUACCUGUUUGAUAAAUUUGUAUGCUUAUUGUAGGGAGUGAAACACACUAUGUAAUCUAAAAGGGAAAAACCACUUUAUUAGAAUGUUGCCUUAUAUUUCUUUAUGAAGUUUUUCCUAUAGUGCCUCUAUACUCUAAUGCCACAGCUGGAUCUGUGGUAUGGCUCAGCGAGUGUUUUUCUGACAAAGCAGUGCCAAAUGUGGCUGGUAAGACUGCCGUCUCAAGUAUAAACUGUUUUCAUUUCCAGCUACGGCCAAAAAAAGUAUGAAUAUUGCUAAUAAUUCUUACAGACAAGCUAUUGUUUGUACAUCAGUUGGAUGCUUUGAAUUGCAUUACUAUGUAUAAUAAACCUGCUGACAGUCAUAGCUGUGCUAGGACAUGCAGAAUAUGUUUAUCUUAUUUUCAGCAGAUUCUGUCAUCUAUCAUUAUUGUAGUAAUAUUGUAAAGUAUGGAUUUAUAAGAAGUGUAAUUUGAUUGGAUAAUAAAUCUAAGAGCUGAACUGUC